ACCGUUUAUUUAUUAAAUUGAUUAACGUUUAUUCAGUAUCAAAAUCUUAAAAAAUGUAUUGUGAACAUAGAUAAAAGAGAUAGAUGGCUACUAUCUUUAAAUCUGCUCUUGGGUUUCUGAGUGGGGAAUAUAAGUCUAGUGAGAAUGAAUUUAUUGGACAAAUAAUUGACAUGGGAAAAGCUAAAUAUAGAGUCAAAUACUUAAUUGCUGAAGGUGGUUUCUCUUACGUGUUUUGUGCUCAAGAUAUCCAAACAGGAACCGAAUAUGCGUUAAAAAGACUAUUCGCGUUAGAUACUGAAACUAGUCGAUCAAUAAAAAGGGAAAUCGAAAUUAUGCGUAAAUUGAAUGACCAUCCCAAUAUCAUCAAGUUUUACGAAGCCGCUCAUAUUGACAAAAGAUUGUCCGAGAAUGGCAAGGAUGAAUUCAUUCUAUUAAUGGAGCUGUGUCAAAGUAAAUCGUUGAUGAGCUUGUACGCCCCGCUCUCUACCGGUACUUUACCACACCUUUCCUCCUCUUAUCCAUCAACACCCUCCGUGUUCCCUUUCAACAAUUUUCCCUCGAGCGGCAGCAAUACUACCGUUAAUAUUAAUACAGUUCCCACGAAUAAAAAUUCGGUCAGAAUUCCCAAUAUCGAUAAUCAGCCUACCAUCAACAAUGUUAUAAAUAAUAAUAACACUACUAAUAUUUCACCGUCCGGUUUGCCUAUCAGGGAGGUUUGUAAAAUAUUUUACCAAACUUGCAAGGCGGUUCAGCACAUGCACGCCCAAAAUCCCCCAAUCAUACACAGGGAUAUAAAGUUAGAAAAUCUUUUGGUAGGUAGAGACGGUAAAAUAAAGCUCUGCGAUUUUGGAAGCUCUACUCUCCAAGGUUAUUACCCCGACCCUGAUUGGACGUCAAUUCAACGAGGGAUGGCGGAAGAAGAAAUAGCAAAACAUACGACUCCUAUGUAUAGAGCACCUGAGAUGCUGGAUCUAUAUUCUAAUCAUCCUAUCAAUGAAAAAGCCGAUAUAUGGGCAUUAGGUUGUUUGUUAUAUUUGCUAUGUUUUGGUAAACAUCCCUUCGAAGAUUCAGCUAAGCUACGCAUAUUGUAUUGUAAUUAUAGCAUUCCAGAAACCGAUACGAAAUAUUCUAUUUUUCAUCAAAUCCUUAAAAACAUUAUAACUGGGGAUCCCCUUGACAGACCAGACAUUUUAACUCUCAUUGACAAACUCAUCACGAUAGCGUGCAAGCUCAAAAUCGACCCUGAAUCCAAACUCAAUUUCAACGACCAAAAUAUUGAUUCCCUGGAAAAAUCUUACGAAGAGAUCAAUAUUCUGACCGGGAACGGGGAUUUCAAAAUGGCCCACGCUGAUAAAAUUGAUCGCGCCGCCGAUCAUAGGUACUCCUCAAAACACAAGCGGAAAGAAAGACACAAUGAAGGAAAGAAUCUAAAUGAUAAUGGUAACAUCUUAAAUGAGAAUUCAAGCAAAGAGAAUGACGAAACGAUACACACUAAUUACGCGAAUAGAAAUCACGUUAUCAAACAAAAUAACAAUUGUCUACCCAACAAUACAAUCGAUAAUAAUUAUUGCAAUUCUUUUAAUAAUGGAGUUAAUACCAAUUCAAACAAUUUACUCACUGCACUAAGACAAACGUCCGGCACAAUCUUCAAAAAUAUUAAAGAAACAUCAAACAAAGUCAUUCAAUCUAUGGCUAACCAAAAUUUUGGCUCUAAGCCCGGUUUAGAUAUAUGGUUUAUAACCUCUCGUAUUGCAAUCAUGUCAAUACCUCACGAUCCGAAAGAAGAAUUGUUUUUUGUUUGCGUGAAGGAGCUUAGAAAUUACCUGGACCUAGCUCAUAAUCAACAUUAUGCGGUUUACAAUUUAUCCAAAGACAGGCACUAUCCAUCAGAGUUAUUUCAAAAGAGGGUGAAAAAUUGUCAUUGGAAAUCGUUCCGCGUUCCCGCCCUGAAUUCCUUAUUCGAACUGUGUUAUCACAUGCAUUUAUGGCUUCUAGCGCACACUAAAAAUAUUUGCGUUAUACAUUCCAUGGACGAAGAUAAAAGCAAUACAGCCAUGUCAUUCCUAGCCUUUUCAGCUUACAGUCACCUUUUUAACUGUUCUAUAGCUGCUACGAAAUUUUAUACAAGUCGUAGGUGUGACCCUAUGCUUUCACAUUCCCAUCAGAGAUAUUUCCAAUACGUUUACCAGUUAAUGGAGUCUCAUAAUAGGUUCACGUUGUACCAAGAUUCGCCCAUCCUUCUCAAAAGCCUCGUUUUAAGUCACGUACCCUUCUUCAACAAAUCCAAAACCGGAUGCAGACCCUUCGUUGAGAUCUGGUCAGGAGACGUCAAAAUCUUUACCUCUUUAACCGAAAUAGAUUCCUUACGAUCCUAUUCGUAUCAAGAGGAAAUUAUUCAUCUAAAUAUUAGCGCGGUAAUUAGUUCUGAUUUUUUGGUUUGCGUUUAUCACGCCAAAUCAACGUCUUUUGCAACUAAGUUGGAUGCCAUAAAAAUUUUUGAAUUUCAAUUGAACGCUUGCAUGAUGCCAAGGUCGGUGGAUCAUAUGACAUUAAAAUUAAACGAUAUAGAUACGUAUGAGAGCUUGGACAAAUUUCCUUCUCACUUUCAGGUGGUUAUAAAUUACGAAAGCGAUCAAAAUUUUGGCGAAACCACAGUGAUUGAGCAUAAUCCUUGGGCCAGGAUUAGCGUGGAAGAUAAGUCCAACUUGAACUCCGAUAUAUCCUGUUUUACCGCCAAGGAAUAUCAGGAUAUAAUUCUGAAUUAUGGAAGACGCAAAUUUUCUUAUUCUUCUAACGGGACUGCUAUUGGCUUCACAGACUAUACCACAACAGAUUCUAUUGCCCACAAUACCGAAAAUCAAAGCGAGACUAUUAACCCUAUCAGUAAUUCCAUAUUUUACGAUAGCGAUGAUAAAGAAGAUGAAGAGGUGCACUCUGAACGAAUAGAGAAAGAAGAACCACUGUUAAUAAUUGAUGAUGUCUCCGACGUUCCUCAUCAUAAGCCUAGCAUUCCUCUGUCCACCGGUUCGAUAUUCCAAUUAAAAAACUUGAAUUUUGGUGAUAGUCAUGAUCACUCAUUACAAGACAAAUCAAAGAUCAAUGCAAAUUUCAAAAAUAAGGGGGUUCAGAAAAUGGAUUUUUUAUCUUUGGACCCUUUCGAAUCUUUAGCAGAAUCGAAUUCACAAAAUCUCUCCUGCAAUGUUAAGCCACCUAUUGAGGCCAAACCACCACCAAAUCUUCUUAAUGAUACACUCCCUCAACCCCCAACAAAUCCAUCUGUUAAUAAAAACCAAUCAUGUAAGCCUUCCAAAUCCUCCAAAAAUUUCGAUAAUGUCAAGACGAAGACCUUAGAUUUUGAAGAUAUUCUCGAGAGUCAGGGCUUUGCUCCUUCGAAUUUACAAUACAAUAUAAAUAAUAGUCAAAGUAGCCACCCACAACCCGGUUAUAAACGUAAUACGGCUACUCUUAGUCAGCUCAAGAAGCAAAAUUUAUUAAUAAACGCCAAUGCCGACCCCGAGGAGAUUAAGGUGCUGGAUUGGAUCGUAGGUAAGCGCAAAAAUAUAAGGGCCCUUCUGUCUUCCUUACACAACGUAUUAUGGGAAGGAGAAACGCGAUGGAACGAGGUCGGCAUACAUCAAUUAGUGACUGGCGAUCAAGUCAAAAAGGUGUUUAGGAAAGCUAUCUUAUGCGUUCACCCAGAUAAACUCAGCGGCACCCCACAAGAAAAAAUGGCCAAAUUAAUAUUUAUCGAACUAAAUGACGCUUGGGCAGAAUUCGAAUCUCAAGGCAUGAAAUCUUUAAUGUAGAAUCGGUUAUAUUAGAAUAAUAAGUUACUAAUUAUUUUUUUAAGAAAAUGACAAAAUAAUUUUAAUCUAAAUUUUUUAUGAAAAGGGAUUUUGGAAAGACUUAAGCUUUCUGGGUUUCAUAAAAAUAUUACAAAUUUUAUUUAUAGCCAUUUUUUAAAAAUAAAUUUUUACAAAACAAGGUAGAAUCUUGUAUUUAUAAGUUUUAUGGAAAUAAAAGUGAAUCAAAGCGGCUAGAUAAUAAUAUUAAUAAACUUUUUUAAUGCGUCUAAAUAUAUUCGAUUUAUAUUGUUCAAUUUCGUUUCAUACUCAUAAUUUUAUCCUUAAAAUAAUGUAUUAUGAAUUUUUUUUUGUAAUAUUUUAGACAAAUUUUAUUUUGUUUAUCUCAUAACAAUAUAAUUUUAUUUGUAUUUAUAAAUAUAACUAGUAAAUCUAAUGACCAAUAUUUGUU